AUGGAGAACGCUCAAAGAAGAUUGGAUUCAAUCUCCGGCCAUAUGGACUCAUCAGUCCCCGCCCCUCCCAGCACUGGCGGCUUCAUCGGUCAUCAGAGGUGCAUUUCUGUGACGAACGAUAGUUACAAUCGUGUUCACGGCCAAGUCCCGACUCACAAACCUGUCUGGAAGAACAUCCCGACCGACGAAGUCGGCAAACAAUGGACCGACAUUAUCUACGAGAAAGCUGUCGGUGAAGGAAUUGCAAAGCUCACUAUUAACAGACCGGAGAGGAGAAAUGCUUUCCGUCCCCAAACGAUUAAGGAGCUUACUCGUGCUUUGAACGAUGCAAGAGACGAUAUUACCAUUGGAGUUAUCAUUUUAACCGGAAAGGGCAAUGAGGCAUUUUGCAGUGGUGGGGAUCAGAAAAUGAGAGGGAAGGAAGGUUAUGUGGAUCAUGACAGCUUUGGCAGACUCAAUGUUCUAGAUUUUCAGAUUGUAAUGAAACGUUGCCCAAAACCCAUCAUUGCUAUG